AUGGCUGAAACCGACUACGAGACCUUCCCUCUCGGCGACUGGGUUCUACAAAGUGGAGAGAAGCUGGUCAAUGCUCACAUCGCAUACAAGACGUUCGGGGAUCCGAGCUCCCCCGCAAUUGUCUAUCCCUCUUGGUUUUCGGGAUGGCUCUCUGGCAAUUACUGGUUAAUCGGGGAGGAUAAGACGCUUAAUCCUGAGAAGUACUAUAUCAUUGUUCCGGCGCUAUUUGGAAACGGACAGUCGACGUCGCCCUCGAAUUACGAGAAUGCCGGGGCGUUUCCGAGAUGUUCGUUUUAUGAUAACGUGCGCGCUCAGCAUGAGUUAGUCACAAAGCAUCUGGGGAUUACUCAUCUCAGGGCAGUUCUUGGGUGGUCGAUGGGCGCGGGUCAGAGCUAUCAAUGGGCGACGCAGUAUCCGGAUUUCAUGGACCUGGUGGUGCCGUUUUGUGGGUCUGCGAGAACGUCGUUGCAUAACAAGGUGUUUUUGGAGGGAGUCAAGACGGCGCUGAUGGCCGCGAAGCAUAUCUCGUCUAAGGGUUCGGGGGAGGGUGGGGUCCUGAAUGCGGAGCAGACUUUGAGGACUUGGAGUGAAACGGAGAAGGAGGUUGGGUUGAAGGCUUUUGGGAGGGGUUAUGCGGGCUGGGGUUUCUCGCAGGCGUUUUAUAGGGAGAAGUUGUAUGAGACGGCGUUGGGAUUCGAGGAUUUGGAGGACUUUAUGCAGAAUUUCUGGGAAAGUUGGGCGCUUUCGAAAGAUCCCGGAAACCUUUUGACGAUGCUGCAGACAUGGCAGAAUGGUGAUGUAUCCCUGCAGGAGCCGUAUAAUGGUAACUUCGAGAAGGCGUUGGGCUCCAUCAAGGCGAAGACGCUGGUGUUACCUAGCAAGACGGACCUUUACUUCCCGCCGGAGGAUUCGGAAUACGAGGUUGCCUUUAUGCAGCGGGCAAUCGGAACUCUCGACGUCUUUCCCUCCAUCUGGGGCCACUGGGCUGGUGGACCGGGCCAGAGCAAGGACGAUGUCAAAUGGUUGGAUGAGCGGCUGGCGGAGUUCUUUGACAAGAACUGAGUUGUGUUAGAUCUGUGUUGGAUAAACAAAUUGAUUUAUCAGCAAUACCUGAUGAUUGGCUGCGGGGGAGUAGCAAUUAGCAUGAAUAGUGUCAGUACAG